AUGAAUAAAAUAAAUUUAUAAAAGAAACAAAAAUAAAAAUAAAAGUUUAUUCCUUUAGGAUUUGUCAUCAAAUACGAUCCUCCUGUUAUUGGAUUAUUAUAUAAGAGAAGCAUACAGGAAAAUAAAAAAAAAGUUUAUAACAUACAUUUAUAAAAUUUAAUAAGAUUAGAUGAUGAGGUUGAGAUAACUAAACAGUUAUUUGAGGAACACCCUGAAUUUUUGGAUCCUGAUAUCAUAGAGCCUGAAUAAGUUUUAGGUUUAGUAUAGAAGUUGAUCGAAUUUAGAUAGAUAAUGGAGCAAGAUGAUGAAAAUGAAUAUUUAGAAGAGGAGACUGAUAGUCACAUAAUUGAGGAGAUGUUUGAUUGA